AUGGACAACAACAACAACAACAACAACAACAACAACAACACUUAUAGUUCUCUGGAUAAUGUCAUGACUAACCAAAAUCCUCUUCUCAUGGAUUUGAUACCUUCAAGAGAAGAUUCCUCUUCAUUUCCAACAAUGCUUCCUUGGAACUCCAUGAGACCAGAUCCUCUACAAAUGGGUGGCUUUGAUAUCUUCAACUCUUUGCUUGCUAAUAAGUACUUAUCUUCAUCAUCAUCUACUUCAAGAUCUAUCAAUGUUCAAGAACCUCACAAUAUCGAAAGCUUUGAGGUCAUGGCUCCUCCUCCUCCUCCUCCUCCACUUCAUCAUUUGGAUCAUUUAAGACCCUUUGAUGACUCCUCAAACAACAUGUGGAAUUUCGGAGAAAACAGUGACUUCCAAGCGUAUUCAUGUGUAGAAGAAGGUGGUGUUGGUCCAAGCGAACCAAUAAUGUCUACAUUCGACGAAGAGGAUUUCCCUUUCCUGAUCUCCAAUAGAAGAAACGAGCUCUCGUUGAGUCUUGCAACAGAUGUUUCUGAUGAGUGCUCGGAGAUAAGUCUUUGUGCUGCUACAAAAUCCACAAGAAUAGCCUCGGAGCAAGCUUCUUGCAGCAGCAAAGACCUUUCUAGUAAUGUCUCUCAAGUCAUAUUUGGCUCAAAGUACCUUCACUCUGUUCAGGAGAUACUCUCUCAUUUCGCCACAUACUCACUCGACGGCUUAGAGAAUUAUCCUCCACGUCACUCAUCCCGAGGAACAGAGUCAGGGGAUGACUAUAAUCCAUGUUUUGAGAAUCCAACCGAGUUUCUUGAUGGCGGUUUUAACAACUCAGAGGCCGGUUUAGGAUCUACAUCGCAAAGACGAGCAUUGGAAGCAAAGAAAACAUAUCUCUUGGAUCUUCUGCAAAUGGUGGAUGAUCGAUAUAGUCAUUGUGUAGACGAGAUUCACACGGUUGUAUCAGCGUUCCACGCUGCAACGGAGUUAGAUCCGCAGCUACACACCAGAUUUGCUCUCCAGACCAUCUCCUUCUUAUACAAGAACCUGAGAGAGAGAAUCAGCAAGAAGAUACUUAUGAUGGGAUCGGUUUUGGAGAGAGGCAAAGAGAAGUCUCAAGAGAACUCAAUGUUCCACCAGCAAUGCCUUCUUCAGCAGCUCAAACGUAAGAACCAUCAGAUAUGGAGACCGCAACGAGGUUUGCCUGAGAAAUCAGUAUCGGUUCUACGGACUUGGAUGUUCCAAAACUUUCUUCACCCUUACCCGAAAGAUUCGGAGAAACAUCUUCUUGCUAUACGAAGUGGUUUGACAAGAAGUCAGGUAUCAAACUGGUUUAUAAAUGCGCGGGUUAGGCUAUGGAAGCCGAUGAUAGAAGAGAUGUACGCCGAGAUGAACAAGAGGAAGUUGAAUAAUGGUCAACUUCAAGGCAAUGGGGCAAGUCUUAGAGUGAUGGAGCCAAGAAAGGGACAAUUAAGAGAAUAA